GCCGAUGUCAGCCUGGGCUCGUGCUACGGCUACACUCAGCGAUUCGUCAAGUGAGUUGUUCGGAGAGAUUAGUCUCUGCGAGCGAGUCCUGAACUCGCAGAGCAUUGGUCUCUGCGAGCGAGUCCUGAAUUUCGUUUGAAGUUUUGUUGAGGCAUUGUCGCUCGUCUGCGACAUCCUCCCUUGAAAAUGGCGUCCGGAUUGCCAAAAACGACACCAACACCUCGUCUUUUUUCCCGGGAAACGCUGAAAUCUUUUACUCUGCUUCCCUCUAAGUUCCUGAGGGAAAAGUUUCUCAGCAUGAAGAAGAAGGCCAUCACUGGGGGGAGUAUUCUGCCCAGAAUUGGCCCACGUGUAGACCAGAGUGAGACUCGUCAAAAGCUGCCGUCAGCUCCCCGGAGACUGAACUUGCUUCAGGCUUCCCCACCAGAGAUGGUAUUUCAGAACUUCGUCGUUCAUGAAGCCUCUGAAAUGGCAGUGUCUCUCAUUAAUAAAGGCAAGAACCCUCAGGUGGUGAAGGUCUCCAUGGAGAGCUCACCUUACUUCCAGCUCAUGGGCUCCAACAAUGCGUACCGCGUCGUGCUGCCAGGCGCAUCUACCCCUGUGCGCAUCCGGUUCACCCCCAACAAGAACAAGGAUUAUUCCCACCAAUUCAUCUGCACAACUAUAAGGGAAAGGGUAGUUGUGCCAAUUAGGGCCAUUCGUGCCCGAGCCAUCCUGGAGUUACCUAAAUAUCUGGACUUCACAAACUGUCCAGUCAAGUACAACAGCCAGAAGACUCUGCUGGUUCACAAUGUUGGUAACCGGGCAACUCGUUUCCAGCUGAGCACCAAGAGUCCUUUCUCUGUGGUUCCGACCACAGGAACUGUGGGCGCUGGUGACACCGUGGAGGUGACAGUGGGAUUUCACCCGCUGAAAAACGAUGACUAUUGCAAGGACUUGUGCUGCAACACAGGUGAAGAAAUUAUCAAGAUAAACCUCUACGGAGACGCUAUAGAUUUCGAUAUUGGGUUCACCACAAAUUCUGUGGAGGUUGAGAAGACUUUCAUCACCAUGUCAAACUACAGAACCAUGCGCAUUUGCAACAGGAGUAGGAUCAAAGUCCAGUUCCAGUGGAAGGCUUUUCCUACUGAGGAAGAUGAGAAUGAAGAGAAGAGGAGGCAGCAGAUACCGCUGGAGCCAAGAAUGUUGUUUCUGGACAACUUAAUUGAGGAGAAAAAAGAGAAGGUGAACGGCUUUUGGGAAGAUCGCACUACCCUCCCGAGCAACAUAGCCGAGAACUUGGUAAAGAUGCCAGAAGACCCCUUGCUGUUCUCUGAUGAUGUUUUUUUCAUCGAGCCAAUGGAGGGAGAAAUUGAGCCGUAUAGUUCGGCUGAAGUGAAGGUGACCUUCAAACCCCUAGAGGCAAUAAAGUACCAAAGUAUCGCUUACUGCAACAUCUCAGGCCUUGAGAGCAGGCUGCCCCUGCACCUCAGAGGAGAAGGCCAAGAACCCUUGGUUGCAUUCAGCUGUCAUACACUGAACCUUGACAAUAUUUUCAUCAACUUCCCCCACGUCUGUGAGGUGAAACUGGUUAACAAAGGAGAUCUUGAUGCUCCCUUCACCUAUAUCCCUUCAACCACAAAGGUGGGCUUUCCCUUCAAGUUUGAGCCCGAGGAGGGGAUCAUUGCAGCAGGUGGGACCCAGACUGUUCAGGUCUCCUUCAGUCCCACCGUGUUGGGGUGCUUUGAGGAAGAAUUCCACUUCAGUGUGGCUGGAUCUCCUGUGCCUGCAAUCCUGACCAUCAAGGGCAGCGUCACUGGACCAACUUUACUUUUCGAUGUUGAUGAGCUCAGCUUUGGUGACAUCUCCUUUGGCUUUCCCUACACCCAGUGCUGUCGGCUCACUAACACCUCUGUGGUGCCCGUGACGUUCAAGCUCCGCAUGUCGUUCGAUGGCACGCAGCCGGCUGUUGACAGCAUUGAUCAAAUACGCAGUGACAGUGACCCAUCCUGGAGGAAGGGAAUUCAUUUUUAUGUGGAGCCAAGGGAGUUUAGAAUGAAUCCCAGCCAAGGGACCAUCCUCCCCCAGGGACACCAGGAUAUCGAGGUGACCCUGUGUUCCAACUCAGUGAUGGAGUUCUACAGGCCAAUGCUGGUGGAUCUGGAGGGUAUUGGCAAGGGAGUGGCAUCACUGGUCAUCUCAGCCAGAUGUCUCGUUCCGAGGCUGCAUGUGAACCCUGAAAUCCUGUUCUACGAUGAGUGCCGCCUGAAGGUGCCAUACGAGAGGAAGUUCCUUGUUACAAAUAGCACCGAUCUUCCUGGCUGCUAUGGGCUUAUUCCUCAGAAACGCAAGGAGAACUCUCCUGUGUUCUACUCCAGCCCCAAACCCUGUGGGAUUGUCCAGCCUCACAGCUUUGCAGAAAUCCCAGUUUUAAUCGAAGUCCAAACACUGGGCAAGCAUCGCACCAGUGUUCUUAUCGGCGUGUUUGGGGAUGAGAGAAACCCACUGAGAGCAGAAUUACGUAGCUCUGGAGAGCUGGCAGAAAUCUACCCAAGUCCAAGGCUGAUAGAGUUUGGCACGAUCCCAGUACUGCAGCCUACUUCACGAAGCUUUAGCCUCCUCAACGAGAGUCUCGUCCCUACAGACUUCAGGAUAGAGAUGGCCUCGAGACCCCAGUGCUUUGUCAUUGAACCCAGAGAAGGAGUGAUCCCUGCUAGGGGUGAGGUGCCUGUGACUAUCACAGCAAUGCUGGAUGACACUGGGCAUUUUGCUAACAGUGUCCGGCUGUUGAUUGGGAAGAGCCUUUGGACCGCCUGCGGGCUGGUGGCUUUGGGCACUGGCACCACAAUUGUCAUAGACAAGCCAUUCGCCCCGGAGCUCAACUUGGGAUACCAAUUCAGCCUCCUUCCCUUUAUUCACUGGUUCAAAGUAACAAACCGGGGCCGCCGUUAUCAUCGGCUCUCCUGGAGCAUGAGCUCACCUGAGAUCAUCUCAGCCUUCGGUUGCCCCAGGGAUGAUUCCAAGAGGCCCAAAUGUGCCAAUCCCCUGCUUGGGCUGGAGCCACUGUCAAUGGAGCUGCAGCCAGGCCAGUCUGCGGACAUGGUGGUGCAAGGCUUCUCCCCCAUCCCGCAGGAGGUGCAGGCUCAUGUGAUGUGUGAAGCUGACAGUGGGCCAGCCAUCAAGACAGAGAAGACAAAGAUAAUAGAAACAGUCAUUACCUGCAAAUAUAUUGAACCCUCUAUAGAAGUGUCAGCCAGACAUUUCUCUUUCCGUGUGGAGAAGAAAUCCAGUGAUAUCCUGACUCGGCAGUACAAGCCUUUGUCUUUAAAAAACACCUGCCUGCUGCCACUGGACCUUAUGCUGGACUUGGAGCAGCCAUUCCUGGUCUGUGAUGAGGACCAGCAGCCCCUCCCAGAUGGCCAGCCUGUGAGAGUGGAUGUAGGGGAGACCUGUCAUCUCUACAUCGCAUUUGACCCAGCUUAUGAACUGAAUUUUAAGAGCUGGAAAAAAGAGAAGAUGCUAAAGAUAAAUUUGGUCAGGGACCAUCCUUUUGUGGAGCGUAUCGUCCUUUGGGGAGAAGUCCGCUUCCCACAUCUCCACAUCCAGCCCAGCACCCUGGAGUUUGGCUGCAUCGUGGCUGGCACUGAAGAAGUGCGCUCUCUGAAGAUGACCAACUGCAGCUCACUUCCCGCCCAGUACCACUGGUCGUUCCAUUCCAGCAGCCAGGUUUACAGGUUGAGAUAUGAGCUUCGCUCACCUAAAUUCAAACCCCACCCACCAAAGGAAAAGAGAACCUGUUUGGAUUCCUUGGCAUUUCAAAGGAGACGUUUCAAGAUUAGAACCGUGGAGGAGCCAGUCACAGCCCUGGAAGAAUUGUGGGAUAUUGCCCAAUCUUUAGGAGCACAGGUGCCACCAGAAGCUCAUGAAGAGUAUUACAUCCCACAAGGUUUGGAAGGAUUCGGGUGUUCUCCGAGUGUACCGCACACUCCUCUCAAAGCGGAGGAGGCUUUCAGUAUCCUGCCGCUGUCAGGUGUGCUGCAGCCAGGAGAGAGCCAGGAGGUCUCCUUCACCUUCUCUGGCCCCUUCUACACCAUCGCCCAUGUCAAAGCGCUGUGCCACGUGGAGGGAGGCCCCACCUACGAGGUGGUGCUGACCGGGGAGGCCUCACACAUGAGCUACUCCCUGAGCCUCCGGAAGAUCAACUGUGGCUUUCAGAUGUUUAAUGAAAUUCAUCACAGCAAUGUCACCCUGGAGAACAGUGGCAAGAUUGAAUUCAGCUGGGUGCUAAACCCUAGCCCUGCAAACAAGCAUUUGCCUGGUGUGUUUUUGGUCAACCCCACCACUGGCUCCAUUCCACCUGGCGAGAAGCAAGUGCUGGAAUUCUCUUACAUGCCAGGAUUACCAGAAGCCUUCAGCAGGACUUACCAGCUUACAGUGGGUGACCUGGACCCGGAAAAUAUCUGCCUGAAAGGAGAAGCGUUCUGUCCCAUGAUCAGUGUGAACCUGCCCUGGAACAUCAAAGGAAAUGAAAAAUAUGAGAAGCCUCUGACACAGUUCGUAAAACCCGUAAAACAAGACAGUCAGAGGAAUAAAUCAGGUGUUCGGAAGAAGACUCAGAGCCGGAAGACCGAGACCUUGAAGUUUCAGACCCCAAAAACUCAGACUCCAAAGAGUCCAAUUCCAGAGAUUUGGUACCCGAAGCCCCACGUGCCUGACUCUGGCAUUGCACCAGACACUCAGCUGCAGAUAAACACAGUGAGGAUGCUGAUAGAGAAGGCUGCUUUUAAGCUGCAGGAAAAGCUCACAUCCCAUCCCCCAAAGAGCACGUUCCCUGACAAGGAGCUGUGCCAGAGUCUUGUCAAAGUUGAGCUGCCUGAGUAUGUCCUGGACAUGGGCAUUGUCCGUAAGGGUUACACUGUGACAAGUGCUCUGGAGAUCACCAACCCUGGGCCGGUCCCAGUGUCCUUCCAGGUUGAUCUAUCUGUCCUGCGGAACACAGGUUUCAGCACGAACCUGGAGAAGGUGCAGGGCCUGCCCCACAGCUACACCAAGAUGUUUUGUGUGCGCUUUCAAAGUGCCCGGCAGCCACGUGGUGUCGUGGAAGUGGUGCUGCCCAUAAAGGUGACAAAAGGCCCCACAUAUAACAUCCGUCUCCGUGCCACUGUGCCUGAACUGUCACUCGAGCUCUCCAAGAACACUCUGCAGUUCUCUACUAUCGUCGUUGGGCAGUGCAAGGUUGAGACAGUCCGGCUCUACAACUGGUUCCGAGUACCCUGCACAUGGUGCAUCAAGCCUGUUCCGAAGAACAAUCAGCACAAAUACAUGACACCAGCUGUACGUCAGAAGCUCCAGGCGCUGGUGAAUGUGCCCUGUCCCUUUCAAGUGAAGCCCUCCAAAGGAACCCUGCCUGCAGGAAGUUGGCAGAAUCUGCAAAUCCAAUUUACACCCAAGGAGGAGAAGUCUUACAAGAAUGAGCUGGAGCUUAGCAUUUGUGGGAGCAGCAAUCGCUUAAAGCUGCACCUCUCAGGACAAGGUCUGCAGCCACGGUUGGAGUUCAGCCCCCCAGCACUAAAGAUGGGAUGGGUGCUGGUGGACAGUGAUGGUGUGGAGGCCACAGUGCGGGUGAAGAAUCCAUGCAACUUCCCCAUUGAGUUUUACUCCCUGGAUUUUGAUGAGCAGUACCUUGAGGAGGAGAAGAUCCUGCGGAUGGCAGUGGGGUCUGAGUACCAAAAGAGCUUUUUUAUGCCUCCACGUGCCGUGGGUGAGACGCUGCCCCCAGAGGUGCUGAAGGACUAUGAAGCACAGAGGAGGCCAAAGGCUCAACAGGCAAAGCUCAAGGCUAUGGCAGAAGCCAAGGCCAGGGCUGAGGCUGAGGCCAAGGCCAAGGCCAUGGGCAAGGCAGCAGCAGCAUACAGAACUGUCACAUUCUGUCCCGAGUCCUUGGUGAAAAUGACUGGGAAUCCUAUCUCUCGGGCUGUCAUGCGCCACCUGGGCAUUGACCCAUCUUCAGGGAGGUGUGAAGCGCAGCAGCACCGAGGGAUUGUUGUCAUUGUGCAUGGGCCACCCCGGGCAGGAAAGACAGAGGUAGCAGCAGGCCUAUGUCAGUAUUACAAUGCUGCUUACAUGUCCAUUGACACCGUGGUGAAAGAGGCCAUGGCCAACAACCGGAGCCCAGCAGGGCUCUGUGCCUGGGAGCUCUGCACCAAGGCUGCCAUGGAGCUGAAAGACAAAGACGGAGGUGAUGCUGGUAAAAAGCCUCAGCUCACUGCUCAGACCAAGAAUAAACAAGCCUCUGGGGAAAAAAUCAACCAGAAGUAUGCCAAAGGCAAGAACCCUCCAGCACAAAAGAAGGAACCAGCCAGCAAACCCAAGAUAAAGGACACAAGGUUCACAGUUUCCACUGCUCCUGCACCGCAGCAGCUGAACAUCAUCAGCAGUCAUGGGAAAGAGCUGAACUGCUUGAGCUGUGUGCUGCCUGAGGACCUGCUGGUGGACAUGCUCAGUGAGAGGCUGAAGCGUAAAGACUGCUCCAAGGGAGUGGUCUUUGAUGGCUUGGAGAGCCUCUUUGCAGGCAGCCUGGAAUCUUCUCUGCUCUGCAUACUCAAAGCUGUCAAGAAUUGUCAUCAUAUUUACAUGGUGAACCUGCAUCAGGAUUAUGCUUCUUGGAAAGCCAAGGAAGAAGCUGAAAGAAGUAGGAAGGAAGCUGAAAGAGAGAAGGAAGAACUGCAGCAGGGAAAAGCUAUGCAGAGGAACACGGAGAAUGUCUUGCAAAAGGAUGAGGACGAGUAUGAUGCUCUCCCUGAGGAGAAGAAAGCAGAAGUGGAUAAAAUAUUACUGGAAAGGAAGAGUAUACAGACGGAGGGGGAGCUGAAGCAGUUUUCUGAAAAGCUUGAGGAGAAGGCAAAAGCCUUAGAGGAGGAAGAGAGGCGGAAGGAGGAAGAGAAACAGAAGAAGGAAAUGAGGGGUGUCUUCUUGGGAAAGCAGCCUGAAAAACAAGAGAAGAAGGAAACCAAAUCCCCAGAGAAGAAAACCAAGCCUCCAGAGAGGAAGGAAACCAAAGCCCCAGAGAGGAAGGAAUCAAAAAUCCCAGAGAGGAAGGAAACCAAAACCCCAGAAAAGCAGGAAACAAAAAUCCCACAGAGGAAAGAAACUCAAUCCCUAGAGAAGAAGGAAACCCAAGCCCCAGAGAGGAAGGAAACAAAAAUUCCACAGAGGAAAGAAACCCAAGCCCUAGAGAAGAAGGAAACCAAAAUCCCAGAGAGGAAGGAAAGAAAAAUGCCAGAGAGGAAGGAAACCAAACCCCCAAAGAAGAAGGAAACCAAAGCCCCAGAGAGGAAGGAAACAAAAAUCCCAGAGAGGAAGGAAACCAAAACCCCAGGAAAGCAGGAAACAAAAAUCCCACAGAGGAAAGAAACCCAAGCCCUAGAGAAGAAGGAAACCAAAAUCCCAGAGAGGAAGGAAAGAAAAAUGCCAGAGAAGAUAACAAAAAUCCCAGAGAAGAAGGAAACCAAAGCCCCAGAGAGGAACGAAACAAAAAUCCUAGAGAGGAAGGAAACCAAAACCCCUGAAAAGCAGGAAACAAAAAUCCCAGAGAGGAAAGAAACUCAAGCCCUAGAGAAGAAGGAAACCAAAAUCCCAGAGAGGAAGGAAACCAAAGCUCUGAAGAAGGAAACCAAAACUCCAGAGAAAGAAAAAAAAGCUCCAGAGAAGAAGGAAAUCAAAGCCCCAGAAAAGAAGGAAACAAAAAUCCCAGAGAAGAAGGAAACCAAAGCCCCAGAGAGGAAGGAAAGCAAAACCCCAGAGAAGAGGGCACCCAGUGCCACAGAGAAGGGGGACACCAAAGCCCCACAGAAGAGAGGAACCAAAGCCCAACAGAAGAGGGGUACCAAAGCCUCUGAGAAGAGGGCAACCAAAGCCCCAAAGAAGGGGGAAACAAAAGCCCCAGAGCAGGGGGAAGCCAAAAUCCCAGAGAACCCAGCUGAGAUGGAGAAGAACUUGAUCCUGAGGUUUCAGAACUAUGAGUCAUCGCAGCAGGACAUCACACAGAUUUUCUCUUACUGGGACAGGGUUCAGGGUACCGUGCAGUUACCUGUGAUCCAAAAGGGAAACAAGUCCCAGCCUUCUGCGGAAAACAAAGAUCAGAAGACCAGUAAGCCUCAGGAGAAGCCUGAACACGAACAUGGAGGCCAAAGGAGUCUUCAGUUACGUCUGCUGGGGACUCAAAGCAAAGUUGCAGAAGGGGCAGUCAGAGACGAGAAUGUUGGGGUGCCAUGCCUGGACAUCCAGGUCACAGAUCCGAAGGCCAUGAUUAAGGAGAUCCUGAGGGAUGGGAAACUGCCAACGGAAGACCAGAUGCUGAAACAUCUGGGACUGUAUCCCGACGGCCCUCCCCUUCCCCCUGCUGCUGUCCUCUCCAUAGUCGAGUACCCAGAGAAGAGGUUGGGCUCUGCAAAGCGUGUGAAGCCCUUCACCAUUGUGGCACCUGAAGGUGCUGCUGUGGAAGACAAUCUGGCCAAGGUCCCACAUGCAAAGGGCAGUUCUGCCAAGGGCCAACCACAGACAGGUAAAGCAGCCAGCCGAGACAGCUCUGCAAAGGAGAAGCAGAUCUCCACACAGAGAACAGGAAGUUCCCGGGAUUCCUCUGCAACAAGAUCCAAAAGUACACGGGAAAGUGCCUCAACCCCUACAGAAUUCCUCAGGCUGAAACGGUACCGGUGGAUAGUGCCUGCCCACGGUGAGGUGGAACUGAAGGUGCACUUCUCCACCAAAAAGCCAGGGAAGUUUGAGCAGACACUGAGGUUUGAGCUCGUGCAGACGAAGCGCCAGUACGAGCUGCCCUGCAGUGGCACUGGCCUGUACCCCAGCAUCUGCCAGAACCCUCGGCUGGUGUUUCCACAGUGGAGGGAGACCAUGGAGGCAGAUGAAGUCAUCUUCAAGGAAUAUGUUGAGAGCACAAAGCAAUUCCACUUUGGACCGCUGCUGUGUGGGAAAUCAAGAGAGUGGUACAAGGCCCAGAACUGUCCUGGCAACUCAGAGAAUAUCACCAUCCUCAACAACUGCCCCGUGGAUGCAGAGAUCCAGUUCUCCUUUGAGAAUACUGGGGAAGCAGAGACGUUCCUUCUGGACCCUCCCAGCAUGACACUGAAACCAAAGGAGAAGCAGGAGCUGACCAUUUGGGCAUACCCCACUUCCCCUGGCUUCGUGGAAGACAAGCUCAUCUGCUGUAUUGGGAAGAACCCAGACCCAGUGGUCUUCAGCCUGUGCUGCCAUGGGGUGCCCAUGAAGCUGGAGGUCAGCCCCCGGGAGCUGUCUUUUGACAAGGUGCUUCUGCACAGGACUGACAGCAGGACCUUGGUCCUGAGAAACAACAGCCUGCUGCCCAUGGCCUGGCAGCUCAAUGGGCUGGAUGACCUUGUUGAGGACUUCUCCUUGUCACAAGAAAAUGGCACCAUUGAUCCCCACUCAGAGUUUGAAGUGACACUGCAAUUCAAGGCUGGGCAGAUUGGCAGCAUUGAGAAGACCCUCCAACUUGAGGUUUCAGAUACAGAAAACAUCCUGGGGAUUGUUCAGGUUGAAAACAUUGAAAUCUCUGCAGAGGUCUAUGACGUUUCUCUGAGCAUCGACAUGCCUGAAGGUCCAGAUGGAAGCUUGGAAUUUGGAACCAUUAAUGUCCUGGAUAAUGUGAAGAAAGUCCUGAGUCUAAAGAACAAAGGGGUAUACGACAUUGAGUACAGUUUCACGCUGAAGGGUGCAGGUCCCAGCAUGCAAGACUUGGCAUCCUACUUCACUAUUGAGCCUCAGUCAGGUGUGCUAAUUGCCUCCCAGCCUGGUGUGAAUGUUGAGAUGCUCUUCCACCCCACAAGUGAAAUCCUCCUCAAGAACAAAGCCAUCCUGUGCUGCCAGGUGAUAGAUCCCAGCUCAGGUGAAGGAGGCCAGGCUGUCAGCAUCCUGCUGAGGGUGUCGGCCAAAGCAGAGUACAGCAAGUACAGCAUUGUGCCUGCCUCACCCGCCGACUUCGGUACCAUGAUCAAGGGCACCAAGAAGACUCGGACCGUUGUGCUGGAGAACAAAGGCAUGCUCAGCUUCAAAUUCCACAUCUGCCAAGCACCCGAGGAUGCAUCUGCAUUGGAAAGCAAAAGUUCAAAGCAAAAGGAAUCUGCUCCAUCAGCUACAAAGGACUCAACAGAAAGGAAAUUGAGCUCCUCGACACAGAGUCACCUCAGUCUUGGCAUGUUCACGGUGUCCCCCUGCUCCGGCUCCAUCGGUCCCUGGGGCCAGCAGAUGAUCACAGUGGAAUGCCUCGCAGGGCAGGAGGGGACAUGUGAGGAGCAGCUCUACAUUGACAUCACGGGCAGAGACCCCAGGGACAAUCCCCUCGGCAUUCCCUUCACCCUGACUGCCGAGUCCUGCCUCCCAGCACUUGUUGAGGACAUCACGUUGAUCUUCAAGGAGUACUUGAUCUGCAGCAGCACUGACCUCAGCCACAAGCUGCAGUUGGUGAAAGGCACGGGCCUCUUCAUCGGAGAUGAGAACAAAUUCAUCUUCAACAAGGUUCUGGUUGGGCAAGAGGCUGAAGCUCAUUUCAGUAUCUACAGUGCAAGCCGUCUGCCAUGUGACGUGGUUCUCUCCAUCAAACCCCUGCCUGGAAAGGAACAAAUCCCUAUCAACAACAUUUUCAAGUUGGAUCCAGUCAAGAUGUCAGUUCCUGGCUCAUCCUAUGCCAUUGCUACAGUGACCUUCACCCCACCAGAUGAGCAGAACUACGACUGCACCUUCAAGGCUUCCCUUGACAUCCCAAAAGGCUAUGUGGAAAUUAAACCCCAAAUCCUGACCUUCACCAUCAGUGGGAAGGGGCAGAAGCUGCCGGUGACAGUCGUACGCCCAAGUGCUCGCAGCAAGAGGGGAACGGCUGUGCUGCGCUUCAAGAGGCUCCGGGUGGGGGAUUCAGAGAUGCUCCCCCUGGACAUCCAUAACGACGGCAUCAUACCCAUCAAGUUUAUGUUACGCCUGGAGGAUGAGCAUGGAGCAUUCUUCUUGCAAGGCAGGGCCUCCACACUCAAGAUAUUCCACACUGGAAAUGUGGAAGAGGACUCAGUUCGAAACGAGAGCAAGCCCCCAAAGCAGCCUUUCUUCCUUUUGCGUCGUGGGCAAUCGACAAAGUUUGAUGUCAUUUUCAAACCCACCCUGGCUCAACGUCUGGAAGGGAAGAUUGGUCUGUUGGUGGGGGACAUCUGCAUGACCCUAGUAGAGCUGGUGGGUGAAGGCCACAAAGAUGAAUUCACCCUCGAUGGACUAAAGGAAGACACCCAGGAGAGGAAUUCUAAGAGCAGUCUGAACAAAGACAUCAUUGAUGCUGUCAGAGUGAACCACAUGCAGUUUGGGGACUGUCCUGUCGGGAAGCCCUGCUGCAGGACCUUCACCAUGACCAACCACACCCGUACCCAGUUCAUGCGCUUUGAGUGGGAGGCAGACGGCCCAUUCCGGUUCUCCCCCAAGGUGGGACACCUCCACCCUGGCUGUGCCAAGAGCAUCACAGUGACCUUGAAAGCAGAUGUCCCAGCCACCUUCAGGAGGCACCUUGUGAGAUGUAAGGUGACCAAGAUCAACUUUGAGCUGCCACAAAGGAAGGUUCCGGACUGGGAUGACCAAAUGUGCAUUGUCACGUGGAAGGAUACCACCAGGAAAGACCUGGCAGCCAAGUGCCCUAAAAAAGAGAAGGUGAUUGAGCCAGUCCCGGAACCGGCUCACACUGUGGUGGAGAAGAGCAGCCAGGAGGUUGAGGUCUACCUCAGUGCUGUUGUUACCUGUGCCCAGUUCAAACUGAGCCCGAUCGUGGUUCAGUUCAAGGAUACCUUGCCCUUCCAGACAAGGACAGCCAGUUUCAGACUAUGCAACACAGGGAAGGUAGCCCUGGAAUACUCCUGGGAGGAAGCUGCAGGGAAUGAAGCAGUGAAGGAGCCAAACUCAACUGCUCUGACACGUCAGUUCCUCUCCUCUGAAACUUCAAGGCGUUGCAGAAAGCUGCUGCAUCCUUUUGGAUGGCAGCAGGAACAUCCUUUUGAAACUCAUUCUUCUGAGCUGGGGCAGCUGCAGCAGCUUGCCAAGCAGCAGCAGCAGCCCGAGCAGCAGGACCAUUCCAAGAAGCUAUGCCGUUCAAAGUGUGUUGGUUCCUGCCUGGAAAUCUUCCCAGAUGUUGUCUGUGACCUGCCACUGUUCUCCAUCAAGCCCUACCACGGCAUCCUUGCUCCUGGCCAGAAGCAGACCUUUCACGUGCGGUUCUCCCCAAAGUGCGCGGGGAAGUUUGAGACCACCCUGCUGUGCAGGAUUCCUAACCUGGAGCUGGCUCACAAGACAGGGCAGGUGAUUGUGAAAGGCAGAGCCCAGGAGCGGAAGAGUCUUGAUAAACAGACACGGUCUGCAUUACAGCAGACAGAGGAAGGCCAGGGACCCGAGAAGCAGGUGCUCUGGAAACCAGCAUCCAAGGGACAGUGUUUGUGUCAGCUGGAGCCUCCUGCAGGAACCAGCAACAUCGUGCUUUCUGCUGGUGACGGUCUCCCACCCUUGACCAGAGACCUCUGCAGCUACCCUUCCAAGCUUCAGUGAACAUCUCUAGCUUACCUUUUCAUUACUGACAUUAAUUAACUGUUUAUGAGACUGAUAAUCAACUCAAAAUUAUCAAUUAAUUGACAAUUGUUAAUAAACAAUUGUUAAUAAAUUGUUAAUCUUC